GUGCAGGUGUUGAUUCCAAGUGGUCGCUUGAAAACGAUGGUGGCUGGAUUCGUGCAGUGGUUACCAGUAAUGUCUACGAGUGAUGAUGUGUGGUUGACCACUCGGCUCCGAAAUGCCAGACUAUCUCAACAGUCUCCCGUUCGUCUUGAGCCAUGCCGAGGAUGGACUACUAACAUCGGUCUGGAUGAGUGUUCAGUAGACUUUUGAAAUCUAUGGAUGCUCGGAUGGUGAUAUCCUGCAAUUUGUCGUUAGCUUGCCCGCGUAGGUGCUAUCUAUGGCACUGGCCAGUGGCAGAGUUGUAUGUGGCGUGUGUGUCCACUCUUUCCGACCGCGGAUUGAGUGCCCCGACCGACGAAUUCGACGACGAUGAGCAUGAAGCGAUAGAGAUCAAUCGAACCUCGGUCCCUGGCCGGAGAACCACCACGGGUGCUAAGUCCGAACCUCUGAAGAAGUCUCACCAUCGCUUCCCCGCACAUCAUCAUCGAUUUUAUCACUCUAGGAGAGCCUGUUUAGCAGGCGAUACGGCGACGGCGGAGAGGAGAGUGAACUUCAGGGGGAGAGCUCAGGGCUUGGCCCAGGACAACGUCGACCAUGACAACCGGUAUUUUGCCAGUCCCGCCUUCGAUCCAAAUAUCUUCGCUGCUAUUCAUCGGGCCCCGGCCUUGACAGCUACGCAAACCCCGAGACGACGAUUCCUUUCGAGCACCAUGCCGUGUGCGCUAGACUGGUUAUGUUGAGGGUAGUACCGAGUGGAGGUAUCUUUUGGAGAAGAGGAGGGCUACGAAGCGCCGCUACAGCGCAAAACCGACAACCCGAGCCUCUUCGGAGGCUCACUUUCAAAAUAUUGCGAGACGAAGGGAUUUGGCUUGUCAUUUCUGUGUGGAUUUGGUGGUGGAAUUUCUUUGUCGAAAUGUUGUAUUGUAGAUAUCUCUAUCGGCCAUAACCUUCGAGUUCCAUGCUGUAUGAACAACCAAUCAAUCAAUCAAUCAGUGGCAGAGUU